AUGGGUGGUGUUGUGAAUGCAGUAUUAUUCCAAAGGCGUUCAACAGACCGAUGUGUCCUCAUCUACCAUUCCUCCAAACUCGACACGGUCGAGACAGGACAAAGUUCGUGUGCCCGAUACGUUGCAGCUGUAGCGAAAGCCAUUGUCAAAACCAGCCAUGUCGUCAUGGGACAUCCAACUCAGAUUCAAACCCAGCAUGGAGUUGCCGCUUUCCUCCAGAGCAAAGAGUUCACCUUCAGUGCAGCCCGGAAGACCAAACUUCAGGUCCAGUGCACUCAGUCACACAUAACCUUUGUUCCAAGCAUCAAUAACAUGGCGACCAACAUUACAAGUGGAACACCCCAUGUGUGUGGAGAACUUGCGAUCAAGGAAAACAAGCUCAGACCAGACCUGUGUGCAGAUCCCAUUCUGAAUGCUGAUGCCUGGCUGUACACGGACGGUUGCUGCUACAAAGGAGAAGAUGGCAAUGUGGCCGCCUAUGCUGUAGUGCAACAACACCCAGAUGGAAGUCACACCACCUUGGAAGCUGCAAUCAUUCCCCAGCCAGCUUCAGCUCAGUUAGCUGAAGUCACAGCCCUCACAAGAGCCCUAGAGCUGGGGCAAGGACAAAUUGUAAAUGUCUACACUGACUCUGCAUACGCACAUGGUGCCGUUCAGCUUGAUGGCCCGUCCUGGAUAAGACGAGGCUUCCUGACCACCGGUGAUCAACCGAUCAGACAUCAAGUUCCAAUGAGACGCCUCCUGAGUGCAGUUCUGCUGCCCAGACGCCUGGCUGUCAUGAAGUGCAAAGGACACGACACCAACCAAACCAGAAUCAGUGCUGGAAAUAAUGCAGCUGACCAAGCUGCCAAGGAGUCAGGAGGUUACACGCCGCCUCAGAUGGUCAUGGCCUCCCCCAGCCCAGCUCAGUUCCCUGAACUCACUGAAGACACGCUCAUCCAAAUUCAGGAAAAAGCUGGACCGUAUGAAUGGUCCACAUGGAGACAAAAGGGGGCCUUGAAGUCUAAAGAAGGCCUCUGGAGGUCCCAUGAUGGACGCAUCGUUGCCUCGGCAGAACUUUGUGCCAUGUUGCUCAAGGAAGCACAUGGCCUCACCCAUGAAGGAAAACUCAGAACCUUCCAGAGAAUUUCAGCCCUAUAGUGGCAUCCAAAUCUCGAGAGCAUCUCCAAUUUUUUUUGUGACGAAUGUUCCAUUUGUGGGAACCCCAAUCCUAGAAGACCUUUCCAAACGCCCAUAGGUUCAUAUCCCGUUCCUGCCGUCUGUUUCCAAGACAUCAGUAUAGACUAUACAGAUAUGGGUGCAGACAUGAGAGUGCAGGGAAUGAGAUACAUGUUGGUAAUGGUAUGUAGGUUUUCUAGAUGGUUUGAAGCCAUCCCCCCCAGACGGGAGGAUGCAAAGUCAGUGAUCAAGUGGCAGCAGAAGGACUUGAUCCCCCCUUACGGGGUUCCACGGUUCAUUUGCUCAGACAAUGGCGCACACUUUAAAAACACACACCUAA